AUGUUGCAAAAUAUGCUGAUGACUUAUGUGAUGUAUAAUUUCGAUCUCGGUUACGUGCAGGGCAUGAGUGACUUUGCUUCACCACUGCUUUAUGUGAUGGGUAAUGAAGUGGAUGCAUUUUGGUGUUUUGUGGAACUGAUGAAGAAAGUUCAACGCAAUUUCGAGAAAGAUCAAGCGGCUAUCAAGCUGCAAAUGUAUCAGCUGCGUGAUUUGGUUAUGAUCGUGAACCCACAACUGGCAAAUUACUUGGAGAGCCACCAGUCCGAUGAUAUGUACUUCUGCUUCCGAUGGAUUCUAGUUUGGUUCAAGCGCGAGCUCUCAUUUGCUGACACUUGCAAAUUGUGGGAGGUGCUAUGGACCGGUCAGCCUUGCCCCAACUUUUUACUUCUGAUUUGUGUGGCUAUACUUGAUGCGCAGAUGAACACUAUCAUUGACAACAAGUUUGGUUUGACAGAAAUUUUGAAAGUGAGUGACGAGUUUUAUUUCCUCUUUGAAUUCUUGAUUUUUUUCUAAUU